AUGAGGGACCAGAAAAGGAAACAACCACUGAAAUCUAAAAGAUCUGGAACAAGAACCCUAAGUCGUGGGAGUUCGGCUUGCUCCGACCUUCUCGAUGAGUUGGCUAGAGUUGGGUGUGGUCCUCUUCCCCUACUCUUCUCCACUUCCCCCGGCGGUGUGAUUCGGGUCCUAGGCGGAGUUUGGCUUGGGUCGGUAGGGUUGGGAGAGAUUCUGCAAUUACUGUUCUGGGGUUUGCCCGGUCGAGUUGAGAAUUCGAAUUCUGCGGAGGGUCCAGCUAGUCGUCUGCUGGAGUUCCAUCCCUAUCGGCGGGUCAUCUCUAGGGUCGAGCAGUCAAGAAGGGAAUUUCUCUCCCUCACGAAAUACCCUCAAUAUCAACGUUUCAAAAAACUCGCCUCUCUCCCUCCUCUUCUUUGGAUUUUAGCCACCGUCGAUGUCUUGCAGCGGCCAUCGCGAGUAGCAGAGGAACCCCAUCGUGCAGUCCGUUCCAUCGCAAUCGCGCCGCGAUUUGCAGUCAACAGCCAGGACCAUCAACAAGUGGCCUUUUUCGAGUUCGAUCUGCAUAGAGGACGGCCAAGGACCGUCGGAGACGCCGUUUUCUUUCCAUCAAUGAGGACAUCAGGCCAAGCCAGCCGCCUGUCGCAAGCCUCUCUUCUCGUUGGGUACUGCGGCAACCCCAAACAGCCGUUCAUUUGUCGUUCGCCGAUUGUUUCGUUGAACCAGCGAAGCCCUGUCCGUUUCCAUUCAGCCCCGUGA